UCUCUCUCUAGCUUUCUCUCUCCAUGUUUUCCUUCCGGUAUAUAAUGAGCCAGACUGACCAGAGAGCCGUGUCUUCUUGUUCCUUUCCUUCUCCACUGUGGUGCCUGCUCUGCUUUUCGAGCCCAUAUAAUUAAAUGCAGUCAUCCCCAUUAAUCACCCUCAGAUUCCCUCACCAUUAAUCAUCCUCAAUUCAGCUUAGCUUUCCAUUUCCUCGUCGGGCAGUGUUUCUUGAAACAGAGGAGUGACCGGGACACAGAGAGAGAGAGAGAGAGAGAGAGAGAGGUCAUGGCAGUGUCUAGUGAGACGCACGAGAGGGAGCUCGACCAGACCCCGACAUGGGCCGUCGCCGGCGUCUGCGCCGUCAUCAUCAUCAUCUCCAUUGUCCUGGCGAAGUUCCUUCACAAAGUUGGAAUGUGGCUGACGGAUAGGCACAAGAAGGCUCUGUUUGACGCCCUGGAGAAGGUUAAAGCCGAACUGAUGGUCCUGGGUUUCAUCUCGCUGCUCCUGACAUUCGGGCAGAGUUACAUAGCCCGAAUCUGCAUCCCGCAGAAGGUGGCUGACACAAUGCUGCCUUGUCGUGCUGAUGGGGUAUUGGACGACUCAUCGUCGCGGAGGAGACUCCUCUGGUUAGAGCGAAGAUACCUAGCCGCUGCGAGCGCUGCCCCGAGUUGUAAGGAGGGAUACGAACCUCUAAUAUCGGUCAACGGGUUGCAUCAACUUCACAUUCUGAUAUUUUUCCUGGCAGUCUUUCAUGUUAUCUACAGUGCUGUCACUAUGACGCUUGGAAGACUAAAGAUACGAGGUUGGAAGCACUGGGAACAGGAAACCUCGUCUCAUGAUUACGAGUUCUCCAAUGAUCCUUCGAGAUUCAGGCUGACACACGAGACAUCUUUCGUCCGAGCCCACACAAGCUUUUGGACUAGGCUUCCGGUCUUCUUCUACAUUGGCUGCUUCUUUAGGCAGUUUUUCAGGUCUGUUAGCAAGUCGGACUACAUGACAGUGCGCAAUGGGUUUAUCAUUCUCCAUUUGGCCCCCGGAAGUAAAUUCAACUUCCAAAAGUACAUCAAGAGAUCAUUAGAAGAUGAUUUUAAGCGUGUUGUUGGAGUAAGUCCUGUAUUGUGGGCAUCGUUCGUAGUUUUCCUGCUUCUCAAUGUCAGAGGAUGGCAAGUAUUGUUUUGGGCGUCAGUGAUCCCCGUGAUUAUAAUCUUAGCAGUCGGAACAAAGCUUCAGGCUAUUCUGACGAAAAUGGCCCUUGAGAUCUCAGAGAGGCAUGCAGUAGUCCAAGGAAUACCUCUGGUGCAAGGUUCAGACAAGUACUUUUGGUUUGGUCGGCCCCAGUUGGUUCUUCAUCUGAUCCAUUUCGCCCUGUUUCAGAAUGCAUUCCAAAUAACAUACUUCUUAUGGAUUUGGUACUCAUUUGGGUUGACGUCUUGCUUCCAUGCUAAUUUCAAGCUUGCAAUCGUUAAAGCCGCUUUAGGCAUUGCAGUCUUAUGCUUGUGUAGUUACAUCACUCUCCCACUUUAUGCUCUUGUAACUCAGAUGGGCUCCUGCAUGAAGAAAUCGAUCUUCGACGAGCAGACAUCUAAAGCACUCAAGAAGUGGCACAUGACUGUUAGGAAGAAGCAGUUAGGGAAGGGAGGGAAGUCUCCAACCCGGACCUUAGGGGAAAGCACGGCCCCCACGACUCCUUCAACAGUGCACUCGGGUUCCACUGGGCACAGACUGCAAAGGUUCAAGACCACGGGGCACUCGACCUGCUCGUACAUGUACGAGGAUCAUGAUGCCUCGGACUAUGAGAGUGACACCCAGUCUCUGGACCCGGCAAGCAAGAGUCUGAUCAUCAGGGUCGACCCACCAGCGGAAAUGAAUGACCCCCACCACGCCGAGGAAACAAGCAAUGAGGAUGAAUUUUCAUUCGUCAAGUCUGAUUCCUUGAAAAAGACAUAAAAUAUCGACUGAAGAAACCAUGAAGGUCGUCUGGAAUUCAAUUUUUGUUUUGGUAAGCUAGAGAGUUUCGUGUAGUAUGUGCGAGAAUGGCUAGGAAUAUAGGAUCUGUACAUUGGCUUUUGUUAAUAAUUAGGGGUUUUAGGAUAAUAAAAACUCUCCCGUUUUAUUUUUUGAAGUUAGAAUUUGCUUCAGCCCUGAAUUUGACGAUAUAUGUAUUCCUUGCCUUCAAGUGAUAUGGAUCGAAUGUGAAGGUGCAAGUUUGGCAAAUUCACAGUUCCAGUAGACA